GCUUGUUUUGUGCUGCACAUCUCGUCCUCUUUGUUGUGCCUCUGGCUACAACCACUGAACCCCAAAUAUUCUCCAGCUGGGAAUCAGACAAGGGCAGAGAUGAGGAACGCCGGAGCUCAACAGGAUGUGACCGUUUCUCAGGGAGUCCGCGUGAUGUUUUACAUGAUGAAGCCCAAUGAAACGUCAUUCCAAACCUUAGAAGAGGUGCCCAAUUACGUAGAAAAGGCGACUCCAUUUUUCAUUUCCUUGAUGCUACUUGAAUUGAUUGUCAGCUGGAUUUACAAAGGGAAACCACCAGGUCGUCUGGAUAGUGCCUUGACAUCUAUAUCUGCUGGUGUUCUGUCUCGGCUUCCAAGUCUGUUUUUCAGGAGCAUUGAACUGACCAGUUACAUUUAUAUCUGGGAGAACUAUAGACUCUUCACUUUGCCUUGGGAUUCCAUAUAUACUUGGUAUUUGACCUUCUUAGGAGUUGAUUUUGGCUACUAUUGGUUCCAUCGUAUGGCCCAUGAGGUUAAUAUUAUGUGGGCUGGACACCAAGCACACCACAGUUCUGAAGAUUAUAACUUAUCUACAGCAUUGAGACAAUCUGUGUUGCAGAUGUAUACUUCCUGGAUUUUCUACUGUCCCCUGGCUCUCUUCAUCCCUCCUUCAGUUUAUGCUGUUCAUCUUCAAUUCAAUCUCCUUUACCAAUUUUGGAUUCACACAGAGAUAAUCAGUAGCCUUGGUCCUUUGGAACUGAUUCUUAAUACUCCAAGCCAUCAUAGAGUCCAUCAUGGUAGAAACCGUUACUGUAUAGACAAAAAUUAUGCUGGUACUCUGAUUAUAUGGGAUAGAAUUUUUGGGACAUUUGAGGCAGAAAAUGAAAAAGUUGUAUAUGGCCUAACACAUCCUAUUAAUACAUUUGAACCAUUAAAGGUACAGUUCCAUCAUUUAUUAUACAUAUGGACUACAUUCUGGACCACACCUGGAUUCUUCAAUAAGUUUUCUGUCAUAUUUAAAGGACCAGGAUGGGGUCCAGGUAAACCAAGACUUGGAUUGAGUGAAGAAAUUCCAGAAGUCACUGGGAAAGAAAUUGCCUUCUCAUCUCCAGCAUCUCAGCUGUUAAAGACAUAUGCUAUUGUUCAGUUUGCUCUGAUGCUAGCAUUUUAUGAAGAGACCUUUGCAUAUAAAACUGCAUUAUCACAGAUCACUCUCCUUCUGAGGAUUGGCUUCAUUAUCCUGACCUUGACCUCCAUUGGAUUUCUUAUGGAUCAAAGACCCGAGGCAGCGAUUAUGGAAACUUUCCGUUGCUUGGUCUUCCUAGUGCUGUGUGGAUUUGGUCACCUGAAGCCUUUCAUCUCUUGCUUGUCAUUGACUUUUGAGACAACAGUUGAAUAG